AUGGCAUUGGACUUGGAAACAAUUAGUGAUGAUAUUGAUGACAACCCAGAUGCAAAUAAAUUUAUUUCGUUGUCUGAUCUGGAUCUGGAAAAGACUGGGCUGACUACAUCUGGAGCCAAUCAGAUAGAACCUUCGGUACAACCUGACAAAAAUAAUGACAUAAUUAUUCAACCUGCCGGCAUAACUUACCAAAUUAAUUGCAACUCAAACUUUAUGUGGCAAAUGAUUAAGGUAGACUGGACUCAAUUUCCAUUGCAUAUAAUAUCAGAGUGUGAAAAAGGAACAAGAAACAGGAAUACAGUUAACUUUAUUAUACACACUGUGGUAAAUAAAAUGAGGGAAAUAAAAAAGGAGCUAUCGUCAGCAGCAAUAAAAAUUGUGACAAAAAAACUUAUUGAUAAAUUUCCUGAAACCUUCAGAGAUGUCGAUGAAGAUGAAAUCGUUAUUGGGGACGGAUCUCAUUCAGGUUUUAAAAAAAUUCUAGAUCGUAAUAAUUACCGGAACCGUCCUCAUAAACGAAAAAUGGCCAUGAAUAGAUCAGAAGUACAGGCAAAUAAGCCGUUAAAUUUGAGUCGCCGAGCUGAAUGCUCGAAUUGGGCUCCUGCCAUAGAGCCAACAAUAUUGGAUGAAGACGAUUCGAGAAAUUUAGAUCCGCAUUCUGCAAAGGAAAAAUCUGAUGAGCAAGACUACGCUUUACAACGCCAAUUCUUAAUUAGCAUUCCCAGUGCGAGGACUAUUAAAGAAAUUGGCCCAAUCUUCUCACAGAAGAAGGAGGCAAACUUCAUUUUAAGAAACUAA